AAAUCAGCAAAAUCCCCUGCCCGGCGUGAGAUUUGUGAGGAUUGCCCCGAGAAGGGAGGGCUGGACAUGCUGCUGCUGCUCCUUUCAGCAGCUCUGCUGCCAGCGCCCGCUGCCAGCCGCCUGUACAGCUCCAGCUUCAUGGCAGGAAACCUCGGAGGCUCCAUCACCCACCAGUGCUUCUACCCCGCCACGCCGGCCAACAAACACGGGCGGAAAUAUUGGUGCAAAAUCGCAGCAGAUGGGCUCUGCUACACCAUCAUCUCCAGCAGCUUCGCCGCCAGCGAGUACCAGGGCAGGGUGGCCCUGGGGGAUGUCCCCCAGAACGGGACCUUCACGGUGACAAUGACAGGGCUGAGGAGCAGCGACUCGGGCGCCUACAGGUGUGGCAUCGGCAGCACCAACAAAGGGCUCUACGCCAGCCUCAACCUGACUGUUUUGGCAGAUGCCGCGGUGUCAAGGCCAACCCAGCUCAUCCGAGGGGAUCUCCACGGCUCUGUCACAGUCCUGUGCCCCUCUGGGAACACCCAAAGUCACCAGAAGAGGUUCUGGUGCAAAGUGGGCAGAAGCAGCUGCGCUCUCCUUGCCAGCUCUGACGGCUUUGUGGGCAGGAGGUACCAAGGACGGAUCGUUAUCACCCCUCCAGAGAGCUCUGGAACUUUCAAAGUCCUGAUAAAUGACUUAAAGGAGGAAGAUUCGGGGCUGUAUCUGUGUGGGACGCAAGGACUGAGGGGUCAGGACAACCCACAGGAGGUGGUUCUGCAGGUGGCCACAGCCUCCGCCCUUCCCAGGAGAACCAAACUCCUCAGCGGCACAGUCGGGGGCUCGCUGUCCUUCCAGUGCCACCACGACCCCAAGGGGACCUAUGAGAGGAAAUACCUGUGCAGGUGGAGGGGAGGGAGCUGCCUGGUGCUGCUGGACGACAAGGGAUUCGUGCUGGAGUCCCACCGAGGGCGGGCACAGAUGUCCAGCAGCCAGCCUGGGCUUGGCAGCUCCACGGUGGUGCUGGGGCAGCUGAGGGAGGAGGAUGCAGGCUGGUACUGGUGUGGGGCCAGCAGUGGGCACACGGAGCUCACAGCCUCCCUGAAGCUGCUCAUCCACAAGGAAACCUGCUCCUCACGGGACCCAGGAGCUGCUACUCCUGGGAGAGCCACGGCGCCACGUUCUGCUGCCCACAGCACAGCCAGGCACAGCAGCACGGCACACGUGAUGGGCACUGUCCCCAAGGACACCACCAUGGGCACUGUCACCCAUGGCACCACCAUGGGCACUGUCCCCAAGGACACCAAGAUGGGCACUGUCACCCAUGGCACCACUAUGGGCUCUGUCCUCAAGGACACCACCAUGGGCACUGUCCCCAAGGACACCAAGAUGGGCACUGUCCUCAAGGACACCACAACAGGCACUGUCCCCAAGGGCACCAGCUCCCUGCUGCUCACUGCCACCCCUGGCACCUCUGCGGCCUCCCCAGGUGACACCUUUCAGGAGAGCUCCUCAGGUGAACCACAGCUGCUCCCAGUUGUGUUACCAGCUCUGCUUUUGCUGAUCUGCAUCACCACCACCAUCCUCACCCUGGCCAAAAUCAAGCUUCAAAAGCAAAGAGGCACAACAGGUGGACACGCAGGGCUGAAGGUGCAGGGAGUAUUUAAAGCAGGCUGGCACUGCCACAGCCCCACGGGGACACAGGACACUCACAGCAGCUCCUGGGCUGGCCUGAGAGGGAAAGACAGAAGUGCCAGGAGGAGCCUGGAGUGGAAUGCAAGAAAAAUGACUUUGCUGGCGUUCCUCCUCCUGCUCGCCUUGGUCCCAGCUGAAUCUGCAAGAGGCAGACACCUCCCCGCGGCAGCCAUCUCCAGCCCCGUGUUCGGCCCCCGGCAGGUCUACGGCGUGCUGGGCGGCUCGGUCACCGUGAGAUGCUUCUACCCACCCACGCCGGUGAACAGACACGACAGGAAGUACUGGUGCAGGCAGGCGGGCUCCGGCUGUCCCACCGUGGUGUCCACCCAGUACGUGGCUCCUGCCUACCAGGGCAGGGUCGCCCUCACCGACCACCCGCAGGCAGAGCACUUCCAGAUCAACAUCUCGGCGCUGGAGCUGGGGGAUGCCGGCACCUACCAGUGUGGCGUGGGGGUCAAUGGCAGAGGGCUGUCCUACAGAGUCACCCUCAGUGUUGUUGAAGCCCCACCUGUUCCUGAGACACCUGAGCUCUUCUACGUGAAGCUCCGCAGCACCUGGACCGUGACCUGCAGCUUUGGGGAGGACACUGUCGAGAUGAAGAAAUACCUGUGCAAGAAGGAGAAGGAAGGCUGCCGGAACAUUAUUAACAGCUAUCAGGAGUUGGGCAGCAUUCAGCUGACUUUUGAGGAGCCUCCAGGCUCGUUCCGUGUCACCAUGACUCAGAUGGACUGGGAAGAUGCAGGCGUGUACUACUGCGGGGCCGGUGAAUAUGGGAAGGACAAAACAAGCAAGGAACUGGAGGUGUUUAUCUACGAGGACAAAACUUUCCCUCACUUGAAGACCGACAUAACUGCAAAAAAUGGAAGUUCAGCAACCUUUGAGUGCCCCUAUGAGCCUCUAAUUGAUUCCGCCACGAGGUUCUGGUGCAAGCGGGAUGGCAGGAUAUGUAACAGGAUCAUAGACAACAGUGGCUUUGUGGCAAAAAAGUAUAAAGGAAGAGUGGCCGCGUUUGAGAACCCUGAAAACAAAACUGUCGCUAUCAUCCUGAACCAGCUGCAGUACGAGGAUGAGGGCUUUUACUGGUGCAUGUCAAACGAGCUGAGGGAGCAGCAAUCAUCAGCAGAACUGAGGGUUGUAGCAGGACAACCUGCGCUGACGGGAAAGAAGGAGGUGGAGGCACGAGUGGGCUCGUGGGUGAAUUUAACCUGCUGCUACCCCUGCACGUAUUCCUCCUACGAGAAGUUCUGGUGCAGGUGGAACGGCACCGGCUGUGCCAUGCUGCCGGCGCAGCCGGGGCUGCCGCAGCCGGGGGACACCUGUGGCCCGUCCAGCAGGACGCUGGUGCUGAGCCUGGGCCCGCUGGCCGAGGAGGAUGAAGGAUGGUACUGGUGCGGGCUGAAGCGCAACGGGCUCUUCGGGGAAACCAUGGCCGUGCAGCUGCGGCUGAGCGCAGGGAGCGAUGCCAAGCUCAGCCCGGAGUUCCUGGAUGUUGAUUCCAGCCGUGACCCUGGAGCUGCUCCCCCAGGAGGAGCCCACAGCGAUGCUGAGGUGCGAAAAGGAGCUGCCCCAGAAAGCUCUGAUGAAAGCCAUGGCUCCAACACUCUGGGCUUAGUGCUGGGCCCUCUUGCUGGCCUGAUCCUGCUUGUCGUGACAGCUUUUGCCAUUGUCAAAUACAGACAGAUGAAGAGAUCUGACCUGGUGUCCGUGGGGAGCUACAGGACGAACAUCAGCAUGUCAGACUUUGAGAGCGUGAGGGACUUCAGUGCCAGCAACUGUGUGAAGGAGAGCCAGGAGACCCCCAUGGGAGGGGACGAGUUCAUCACCACCACGGACACUCCGGAAAGUGCUGCCGACACAACAAAGGCAAAAAGGAGCUCCAAGGAGGACGCUGACCUUGCCUACUCCUCCUUCCUGGUCACCUCCAGCAGCAUCGCCCAGGGCAGCUCCGGAGGGGACAGCGCUGUCCUGGACCCGUCCCCACCCCAGCACCGGGACUGAGGGGAGGUGGCAGCGCCUGGGACUGGCCCUACCUUGAGGAUCACAGUGUCAGCAAACACUGCUCAUUGCUCCCACAAUUUGCUAUAGCUUCACCUGGUUUUUUGCUUAAAUUCAGCUUCGAGUGGUGAUUUAGGAGGAAUGGUUGCAUGCCAAGGGGGGCAGGUCUGAGUGAGGAGGUUGUGCUGGAAAACAGCAGGAACUCGAGUGGCUCACCUGACCAGCAGCCCCAGUUCCUACACUGGGCUCUCAGAGGCCAGAAGGAGCAUUGUGGGGAAAAAAAAAAAAAUCCCAUUUUCUUUUAAAGGCAGCUGGAAAACCCUUUAGAACAGCAUCUGAUGCUUUUGAUUCCCCUAAGCUUCCCUGACCUGAGUGCAACACCUGCAGGCCAGACAUGUCUGGAGUGUUUGUGUGCGCAAGCAAUAAAGAAUCCAGUGGCUUUCA